AUGUCCGCUGAUGCACGUUCCAGCUGCAUUAAGAAAAAGCAGCUUUGCCUAAAUUGCUUCGCAAGAGGUCAUCUGCUUCGCGACUGCUCCAGCAGUCACAAUUGUUCCACUUGUGGGGCCAGGCAUCACACGCUUCUGCAUCGUGCCGCUCCUUCAUCCAGGGUGGCGGCUUCGACAUCCGGCCAAGCCCCCAGCUCAUCCGAACCUCUGCCCAACGUACAGAGCUAUUUCGCCUACAGCACAAGUACCGUUCUUCUGGGCACGGCACUUAUUAAUAUUUGCCACCUGGGGACCAAUUUCCGUUCCCACGCACUGAUUGACUCAGGCUCCGAGGCGACGUUCAUCACUGAACGUCUCUUUAACAUUAUUAAGCCACCGUUCGAAGCCAUACAGGCUCAAGUCGCAGGUUUAAACCAAACCGUAGCGGCUAAGGCGCAAAGGCGCUGUCACUUCAUGAUCGGGGCCGCCUCCAGGCCGGGCCUCAAAAUCGAGACCAUGGCAUAUUUUCUGCCUCAAUUAGCAGGUAACCUUCCCUCAUACCCGAUACCGCAGCACUUCUUGGAUAAGCUUCCGAACCUCCCGCUGGCAGACCCCUCCUUCCACCGAAGCUCGCAGAUUUUAGGCGCUGACAUCUUUCCUUCUAUCCUGUUGAGCGGCUUCCGGUCUGACAUUUGCGGCUCGCUGCUGGGCAAGAGACCAUCUUCGGAUGGGUCCUAUCCGGUCCGGAGGUGGAGGACCUUCUGGGGAGACCUACGAUGUCCAGAGAAUGUCGAUCUAGGACACUCCAGGUGCGCGGCACAGGCCCAGUUCCUUAAAAACGAGCAGAGUCUGCAGCGGAAUUUGCCGCUCAAAGAGCAGUACGACGCCGUUAUCCAGGAAUAUUUAGAGCUAGGCCACAUGACAGCGGUUACACCCAGCCAUGACUCCGGCCAUUACUACCUUCCACAUCACGCCGUGUUUAAACCCGACAACACCACAACCAAACUGCGCGUGGUCUUCAACGCCUCCAGCCCAUCUUCCAACGGGAAAAGCCUCAACGACACAUUGCAUUCGGGGCCAGUCCUUCAGUCUGACUUGACCAUGCAAAUCCUGAGGUGGCGAGUCUUCCGCUAUGUCUUCAAUGCCGACAUCAGCAAGAUGUACCGCCAGAUCCAAGUGUCUCCCAACACACGCCCUAUCAGCGAAUACUCUUUCGCGACCCAACUCGCACAAGAGGUGCGCCCACAGUUGCCAAUGGCAAGCGACAUCCUGGAGAGUUACAUGUACGUGGACGACGUGCUGGCUGGUGCUCACACUCAGUCGCAGGCAAUCUCCGCCAUUUCAGAAUUACGCAAAGCACUCGACUCCGCGGGGUUUCCACUCCGAAAGUGGACAGCGAACCACAAGGGCGUACUGCGCGAUAUUCCGGUUGACCACCUACUUCGAGCUGACUUCCUAGAGCUUGAAGAAAGUAGCAUCGCUAAGACAUUGGGGAUCCGAUGGCAAGCCAGUGCCGAUGAAUUCUUCUUUGCUCCUCCCGAAGUACUUCAUCGGGAGUCCUCUAAAACCCGCGUGGCCCCCGUGAAAACGGUUUCCUUGCCUCGACUCGAACUGUGCGGAGCCGUCCUUCUGACAGAGCUUUCCAAGGCCAUCCUUCCUCAACUGCCACUGGACACAAGCCAAGUAUCCUUCUGGACCGAUUCCACGAUUGUUUUGGCCUGGCUGAACAGACCUGCAUGCGAUUGGACCACUUUCAUGGGCAAUCGAGUAGCCAAAAUCACUCGAUGUUGGCCCAGCGAGCGAUGGAGCACCGUCCGAUCCGAGGACAAUCCGGCCGACCUGGCCAGUCGAGGGCUAGGACCCACUGACCUGGUCGGAAGUGAUAUGUGGUGGCAUGGCCCUGCUUGGUUGCAUGGUCCAAAAUCGGAGUGGCCAUGUCCGCGGGACUCACUCCUUGAGACUGACCUGGAGAAGCGAGCCGUCAAGGUGGACCAUGCCACCAGCAGCGCCUCCGAUAUCCUCAGCCGUUUCUCCGAACUCGGGCGGCAGACGACCCAUGUCUCCGAGGAGCUGAACGGAAAGGAGGUCGCUGCCGCUCACCAAGCGGUCACACUGACAACCCAACGCUUCCAUUAUGCUGGGACGGAGUCAUGCGGGCAUGUGGCCGAGUCCAAGCCUCGGCGUCCAUGUCCUACAACGAACGGCAUCCAAUCCUGUUGCCACCCGCAUGUCUCCUGGUUCACCUGCUGGUUCGAUUCACCCAUCAUAUAUCGCUACAUGGUUGGAACCAGCUGGUCAUCCGCCUUAUCCGGGCAACAUACUGGAUCCCUCGACUACGUCACGUGGUGA